AUGGUGACUCUUUUUUCAUUUCCUAAAGAUAAAUUAUUUUUUAUGAAAAAGAAUUAUAAUUAUUGGUUAUUUAAGAGAAAUUUUUUACAUUAUAAUAAAUAUCACACAAAAAUUAAUUAUAUUGAUAAUCCUGUUAAAAGACCAACAUUAAUUAUAAAUGAAGGAUGUGUUAAAAAUGUAUUAAGUGGUUUUCCAUGGUUAUAUUCGAAAGAUGUGAAAAAUCCAGAAGAUUUAAUUUUAUAUAGCCCUUGUUUAGUAAAUAUAAAAGAUGAAUAUAAUGAAAAUAUAGGAAUAGGAAUAUAUAAUAAAAAUUCAAUUAUUUCAUCACGUAUAUUGAGCAGAAAUAUAAAUGACUAUAUAAAUGAAGAAUUUUUUAAUGAUAGAAUAAAAAAAGCAUAUGAAAAAAGAUUAGAGUUAUAUGAGAAUGAUAAUUAUUUUAGAGUUGUUAAUGCUGAAAGUGAUUUACUACCUGGUGUUAUAAUUGAUAAAUAUAAUAAGUUGAUAUGUGUUCAAAUAAAUGCAAGUGGAAUGGAUAUAUUAUUAAAUAUGAUAUUGAAAAGUAUAGAAACUGUAUUAAACCCUGACACAAUUAUUUUAAAAAAUGAUAGUCAUAUAAGAAAACUGGAAAAGUUACCUUUAAAAAAAGAAGUAUAUAAAGGGCUAUACAAAUCACCAAUAGAGGUUAGAGAAAAUGGGUUAACUUUUUUUGUUGACAUAUUGAAAGGACAAAAAACAGGAUGGUAUUAUGAUCAAAGAUGUAAUCGUUCUAUGCUCAUUUCCUUUUGUAAAAAUAAAAAUGUUUUAGAUUUAUUUUCAUAUGUUGGUUCAUUUGGUAUUACUUUAGCUUAUUAUGGUGCUAAUGAGGUAACAUGUGUUGAUUCAUCCUACUUAGCCAUAAAAAAUGGUAUAAAAUCAGCUCACUAUAAUAAUGUUUUGUAUAAGAUGAAUUUUGUUCAUUCAUGUGUUAAGAGUUUUCUUAAUAUAUGUUUAAAUGCUCAAUUUCUAAAUAACUAUAACAAAGAUAUUUCAAAAAAUAAAGAAGAGUUUCUCUUAUUUUCAACCAAAGAAAACGAAGAAAUGAAAUGUAAUAAAAAUGACCAUAUUCCAUUAGAUAUAAGAGAAGGAAAAAAAAAAAAAAAGGCUAUUAAUUAUGAAAUAGAAAACUCAGAAAAAACUUAUGUGAAUGAUGAAAAAUGUAGAAAAAAGGAAAAUAUUUUUUCAGAUAUUCAAAAUAUAUUCAUUUACCAAAUGGGUAAAAAUAAUAAAUAUAUAGAAGAUAUAGAUGAUAUAGAAAAAUUACUAAUUAAAAAUAAUAAUUUUGAUUUUUUUAAAAAAAAAUAUGAUGUUAUAUUAAUAGAUCCACCUCCAUUAGCACGUAACAAUUAUUUAUUGCCUUCUGCUUUAAAAAUUUACCAAAAACUUUUGUAUAUAUCAUUUAAAUUAAUACAAAAACCAGGUUAUGUGUUUGUAUCAAGUUGUAAUAAAUUAAUUGGCUAUAAUGAAUUAAAUUUAUGCAUAAAGAGAUCAUUAAAUUGGUCUAAGUGUAAUGGCAUAAUAAUAGGUGAGGGAAGAAUUAGUUCUGAUCAUCCUAUUCAUGUUUCUUUACCAGAAUCAAAAUAUUUAACAUCUAUUCUUUUAAUGAUUACAUAA